AUGUCGGCUGUUCUAAGUUCACACCAUGAAACGGAGAGCGAGAGGCUGGGAGGCGGUAUAUGGGAGCAUUAUAAGAGUGUCGUGACAGAGGAGGGCGAUCUCUUCGGGGAUAUAUCUGCCACAUCUAUGAACGGUGUGAUGACUUUCGCCGGGCUUCUUGCCGCCACGCUCGCAGCACUUCUAGCUGAGACCUACAAGUCGCUUUCGCCUGAUCCAGAUGGACUUGAAGAUGACGCUUCGUCGACCUUCGUGGCCCCCCAUUCAGCUAUCGUCGUGAACACAUUGUGGACCGUUGCGCUCCUCGUAUCCCUCUCGUGUGCGCUUCUGGCGACUUUGGUGCAAGAGUGGGCAAGGGGUUUCAUGAGAGCGCAAGCCCAUCCAAAGGCCGUCGAGAUUGAGCAACAAUAUCUUGAACGUUUAUCUGUGCACAUGGGGGUGCAACGAUACGGUCUCGGACGUAUUCCAACGCUCGUUGUUGGCUUAUUGCAUGCAGCCGUUGCCCUCUUUAUGGCGGGAAUCGACGUGUUUCUCUGGGACCUCCACCCAACUUUGGCUCACGUAGCCCUCGGCGUCACCGUAGGCAUCACGCUGUGUUAUGCAUUCGCAAGCUGCAUGCCGCUAUUCGACACGUCCUGCCCAUACCACACUCCCUUGACGGAUCUACUCGUCGUGGCGGUCAUGAUCAUAGUCGUGGCCGUACCCGGAACCUUGGUGUAUUGUUUCCUGCUCCUCGCCCUAGCAUGGUACAAGGUGUUCCAAGGGCCUCUCAACGCCGGGAUGCGCCGAGUCCUCAACCCCGCCGCGUUGAUAUCCCAGCUUUGGUGUGAUCCAUUCACCGCGUCUCGGACGUGGCGUGCGCUCAAGGAAUAUCAUACACGACGGAAGACAGCGGAGUCCAUUACCUUUGCGCCGCAUGUUAUUCGAGCUAUAAUGGGGGACCCAGAGGACACCGUAGCGGCCAUGAGCGCACAGAAAUUCAAGUUCAUAUGGAGCAGGGUGGGAAAUUACGCCAUGGAGCAUCCUGUCGCUCUCCAAUACGUCGUCGGGACUUUCAUAGGCUCCUGGUCCCCCGAGCUUGAUUCCCUCUUUGUAGGGAUUCGCUACAACGAAACUCAAAUGUCGAUGAUAGGAGUCGCUCUCGGAUGCGUCAACUCUGUAUUCGCCGCGGCGGCCAUGCUGCGGCUGCUUCAGUUGGUGUUGCAGGCCGAGAACGCCGAUGAUCGCGGUCUGCGAGCCAUGGUUGGAGAAGAUGCUCGAUGGCGAAUGACUGCCGAGAUCGUCAGGGCGUUCCCGACUUUCGCCGAGCACUUAGCCGAGCUUCGCCGGCAGGAACUCCAACAGUACGACACAAACCUGCUCGCUACGCUCUCGAGUUUUCGAACUACACUCAUUCGACUUUUGGCUCUCACUUCGACGAAGGAUGCAGAAGCGAGAGCUUGCAUCCUUGGGAUGUUUGCCGAACUUCAACGCUUCGACAGCGUCAUGCUUCAUCACGUAUCCGCGGACGACACUGAAACGAUAGGUCGCCUUUAUGAGUCUAGUCGGGACCCGAUUGUAGAGCUUGCCACCCGCAAUGCACUCACAUUGAUCGUGGGCGCAAAGGAGAGCUAUUGGCGCGGUACUUGGCCAGACCCGGACAGGCGCUAUCUCCGACGAACCGCUCUCGGCACGUUACGCUGGCACGAGUUUUUUCCAGAAGCAGCUCAGCGUCGCGUCCUCCACAAACCUGCCGCCUCAAGCUUCUUUCGUAAACUCCUGGAGGAGAUACAUCUGGACGACUGGCUGGCCCCUGGCUCGGCGUUUGGCACCCCUCGUGGCACCGCCCUCACGUCAACGGCUAUUGUUGCACUUCGCGACCUAGCAAAUACGGUUACAUUUGGCUUGCAAUCUGAGUUUCAGUCGAGGAUUGUCAACGAUGUGCAGAGUACCGUCACGUCUGCCAUGACAUAUGAGGCACCAGGCUCCCCGAGCCUGGGCAAAGCCGAGAAAGGCGAAGUAAGACUCAGCCGUGGGCGCAAGCUUGCGAACAACAACCAUCCGACGUCCACUUCCUCUACCAGCUCCUCUGUUCACCCUCGUACUGUCCACGAUGGUUACCACAACCUCAUCGUACUGGCCGCUGUUCUUCCGCGCAUAACCUCUUCGAGAUUCUUCAAGCUGUAUCAAAUCGGCGAGGAGAUCACGAGACGAUCUGCGUACCGAUUUAGGUUCUACUAUUCCCACAACGCGGUCAAGUUCAGCACAUAA